AUGAGGCAACCAUGGUUCGAGUGGCCGCAAGGCAAGCUUGGCACGGACAACGGCCAAGCGGAUCAGAACCCGAGGAAGAAGUGCUCGUAUCACAAUGAGCUCGGCCACUACACAACGGCAUGUGCUCCCUACAAGGCUUUGUUGGAACGUUUGGUGGCUCAAGGCCAUCUCGAUCAAUACAUUGACCGAUCAAAAAUGCCCGCCCGGCAGACAAAUCCCAACCCCAACGAACAGCGCCCACUGAUGCACGUCAUCCACGGUCCAAUGACGAAGGCAUCCGAAAUCGCCCUCAAGGCCGACAUCGAUCACGCCUCAACAUCCAAACAGAUACUCUCAGUUGGUUGCGGAUCCAAGCGUCAACGACCACAAGACGUACCAAAGUGGACGAUAAGCUUUACUGAGCGUGACCUUGAACAUGUUCAAACUCCACACUCGAACGCCCUCGUCGUCACCAUCCAAAUAGGCAUCCACGACGUAAAGCGCGUCCUCAUCGAUCAAGGAAGUUCAGCAGAGGUCAUGUAUUACGACCUUUUCAAGAAAUUGGAUCUACCAGAGUUAGCCCUACAACCUACCGACGUACCCCUCAUCGGCUUCAACGGUUGUCCGCUUCAUCAGCGCCACAGGAAGACAGGAAGAUUUGCGAGGUGA